UUGGUUGAGCUAUGAAUGAGGGGCCAUCAUUCCGGUGGCACGGAGAUGGAAAACACAGUUUUUACUCUCGCUACGUGUAUGUAAAAUGUACAGCCAGGUUUUCCUGUCAGGUAUUUGAAUGACCAGUCAACCAUAUUCAAUCUCUUUGCCGGGUUUUUCUUUGAUGUUCUCUUCCACUCUGUACAGUUUAUUCUUCUAAGAUUCCCCAGGACCACUUAAGAUCAAUGCCUUAGUUUUGAAAUUAAUUACAGAACUUAGACACAAUCUGUUUAUAUUGUUAUAUUUUUGUCUGUAGUAGUUGAGGCCAAUCUUUCUUUUCCUCACAAAUUUUCACCUGACAUCAAGUUAAAAGGGCCAUCAGAACCCUUAAGUGUAAGCUAAACAAAACAAGAGCCACCAUGUCCUCCAUCCUUCCCUUCACACCCCCGGUCGUGAAGCGCCUCCUGGGAUGGAAGAAGACUCCAACUGGGAGUGGAGGAGCCGGUGGAGGAAUCGGUGGAGUCGGGGAGCAGAACGGAGGAGGGCAGGAGGAGAAGUGGUGUGAGAAAGCUGUGAAAAGCCUGGUGAAGAAGCUUAAGAAGACAGGCCAGCUGGAUGAGCUGGAGAAAGCCAUCAGCACGCAGAACUGCAACACAAAGUGUGUUACAAUACCAAGCAAUUGCUCAGAACUGUGGGGUCUAGGCUCAGGCCACACGAUAGAGCAGUGGGACUCCACAGGCAUGUACGGAUACCCUGACCAUAGCAGGUCACUUGAUGGCCGUCUUCAGGUUUCUCAUCGCAAAGGCCUGCCUCAUGUCAUCUACUGCCGUCUGUGGAGAUGGCCUGACCUCCACAGCCACCAUGAGCUGAGGGCCAUUGACACUUGCCAAUAUGCAUUCAACCUCAAGAAAGAUGAAGUUUGUGUCAAUCCUUACCACUACCAGAGAGUAGAGACCCCUGUGCUGCCUCCUGUGUUGGUGCCACGCCACACAGAGAUUCUGACAGAGCUUCCUCCUCUAGAUGACUUCACAAACUCUAUUCCUGAAAACACCAACUUUCCUGCAGGCAUAGAUCCCCCUAACAACUAUAUACCAGACACCCCUCCUCCGGGCUACAUGAGUGAAGAUGGAGAGACCAGCGACCAGCAAAUGAAUCAAAGUAUGGAAUCAGGCUCACCAGCAGAAAUGUCACCAAGCGCUCUGUCACCUGUCAGUCAUGGCCUAGACCUUCAGCCAGUCACCUACAGUGAACCCGCUUUCUGGUGCUCUAUAGCUUACUACGAGCUGAAUCAGCGGGUUGGUGAGACGUUCCACGCCUCACAGCCAUCUCUGACCGUCGACGGCUUCACCGAUCCCUCCAACUCUGAACGCUUCUGUUUAGGCCUUCUCAGCAAUGUUAACAGAAAUGCCACUGUGGAGAUGACAAGGAGGCAUAUAGGUCGUGGUGUCAGGUUGUAUUACAUCGGUGGGGAGGUCUUUGCAGAGUGCCUCAGUGACAGUGCCAUCUUUGUCCAGAGUCCCAACUGUAACCAGCGAUACGGGUGGCACCCAGCUACUGUCUGCAAGAUACCACCAGGCUGUAAUCUGAAGAUUUUUAACAACCAAGAGUUUGCAGCACUGCUAGCCCAGUCAGUCAAUCAGGGCUUUGAGGCAGUAUACCAACUAACUAGAAUGUGCACAAUCAGAAUGAGCUUCGUCAAGGGUUGGGGAGCAGAGUACAGGCGCCAGACUGUAACCAGCACUCCUUGUUGGAUUGAGCUGCAUCUCAACGGCCCCCUCCAGUGGUUGGAUAAAGUGCUGACCCAGAUGGGUUCCCCAACAGUGCGCUGCUCCAGUAUGUCCUAAACGGAAAUCCCUGCAAAGUCAGACUGACAUUUCACAACGUUGAAACAGUUUGUCUUAAAGGAGACUACCAUGCAGUCUUAAAUAAUUGUACUAACAACUUUUUAAAAACAAAACAAAAGCAAAGAACAAAAUGUCAUACAGUGGACCGGAAGAUAGAGGAAUGGCUUCUGUAAAGGACUACAAUGAAAUGUUGUCUGUGGAGCUGAAUUUUCAUCAACCUGAUAGUUGAAAUUGGCCCACAAAAUCUGUAUGAGAACUGAACAAAAAAAACCGAGUGAUUUUCAUUAUGAACAUCAUCGUCAUCUGGGCUCUGAUCAAGAAACCUGCAGCAGGAUGGAGCCUUACUGUCCUCAGGGACGCCACCUCAGUUUCGGGGAUCAAGCACGACACCUAGUAAUUCUGUCUAACCACUAGUUCAGCUCAACUCUUUGAUUUCGUGUGAAUAGUUCAGUUUACACAAUGUUGACCAACUGCCACUCCAGCUUCAUGUUUAACCAAAGCCAAACUCACUCUUUAGCAUGACUUUUUCUGUCAUCCUUCCCAUUUAAUCUUAGUUCUUGAGAUCAUAGACCGGAUCAUCCUGGACUGUGGUCUUCACGUCUUAAAGGAGAGAAUUUGUCGGUGUUCACAUUUUCACACGCACACAAAUAUAAAAACAUCUGUGUUUUUGACACAGAUCUUCCUCUGCAAACUUGAUGUUAGUUUAAACAUGUUUGUUCAUUGGAUGACGGGAAAUUAAACUCCUAUAUUUAAAUAUAUUUACAGCAGAAUCAGUGUUUGCUCAGCACAGAUUGAUGUUGGAUAAAUUAAGAAAUUUUAAGAGCAAGAAGAGCAUACAACAUGUCACCUCUCUGCACCUGCAGUAAACCAAUCAAAUGUUUUUUAACUAAUUCUUUAAUAUCACAGUAUUUAACCCACUCUGCAUGCUCUUACACUUUCUCUUACAUGCCGUACCAGUAGCUUUGUGUAGAGCUUCAACUUUGCUUCUUUCUGUCUGACAUGCAAUAAGAAUUAUCUCUGAGAUUCCAAAUGUUUAAAAAGAUGCACAAGUCUAUAAUAUUUUGAACUGAUGGAGAGUUUCAAAUUAUAACAAAUUAUCAUGAGGAAAAGUCCUCCAAAGUGGGACUUUAAUCUAUAAAUCUAUAAAAUAGCUUCUAUACUGUACUUGCACUGCCACAAGUUAUGCACCCUUAAGAAAGUUGCCUUUGAUGUCAAGUACAAUAUGCUCUGAACUGUCCAUUUAAAGCCCACAUAUAUUUUUCCCUCCCUCUCCAUUGUCACUGUAGAGAAUUUAGUUUUUUAAACAAUCUAAUUUGUUUGUUUGAUUUCAAUAAGAUUUUUCAUCUGAAAACCAGCAGUCUCUUUUGUCUUUUGGUACUUUUCAGUAAAGUAUUCCAGCUUUAAGUGUUUAACAAGAUAGUUAUACUACACAUUUACUGUUUUCUUUACUAAAAGGGUUUAGUGACAUUUAUUUUGUACCAGAAUGUGCACCCUUCAACUUGAAAAUUGGCUACUUGAAUCAUAGUGACAAGAUCUUUGGUUGUAAAUAAGCAGAUUUUGUGUUUUUGUUUUUUAUAGUUUAUUGCAUUGUUCUUACCAACCUUUCAGCAGCAGGGGUGUAACCAAAGACUAAACAUGUGCAAUGCAUUUCAAGAUUUGACUCACACAUUACCUAUUUAAGAACAUGAAUAUAACUAAAUAACUGACUUUCUGUUGUAAUUCGACAUGCUUUAACAAUGAAGAAACAGUUUGUUGGCUUGUCUUACAACCCAGAACAUUUUUGUAUGCAGUAGGUAUGGGCCGGUAUGCGAUUUCCACAAUUUAACGUUGUAUUAAAAUAAUAAAGUUUCAAUGAAUUAACUUAGAGAUUUAAUGCGAUAAUGCAUAACCUGUCCAUGUUAGAACAUAUCUGGUUGAACAACAUAGGUAUUAGUUAUAUUAGCUGUCAUUUCUAUCCAUAACACAUUUAUUAUUAUUUUGAUACAUAAACUUAAGCCAAAAUGAUAAAAUAAACACCUAACUUCAGUAGUAUUUGUAGCGGAUCAUCAUACAUUUUUGCCAUCCUGCUUUUUAUUGAGUUACACAGGAUGUAUACCAAGAUGAUGUGAGCUGGCUUGUCAAGCUAUCUCAAUUGGUUGCUAGGCAGACAUGCUGCUCGUAGCUUGCUAACUGUACCUAUGAAACUGUCACUUUAGUAGAAGUGUUAGUACCACUGUUUUUGCCUCCACACCGUGGUGGGCUGUGCUUUCUGCAACCGGAAAUACUUCAAAAGAGCUUCAUGUAAACAAUGAAAACGUGUAGAAGCAUUUUCAGCCAGCUGACAAGUGCUGCACAGUAACAGGUGGGGGAGGGGCAUGUAGUUUUAUUUAAUGCUCUGAACAGCUGGAGAGACUGGUUACUUCAGCACUUCUGUCAUCUCAUUAAAAAGACUUUAAGCCUGAGGAACGGUUUUCAAACCACAACUUUUAAAAGCUUUGGUCAAGAAAACUGGCCCAUACCUAUUUUGCAUUGGAAAGCUCUCACCAGCAUUAGUGCAACAACUGUUUCAGAACUGCAUGCUAACACAUGGUCAGUUUAUUUUGAGUUGUUUACAUGCACAUAUUCACCCCAGACUGUAUUGCAUUAAUGCCGACAUUAAUGCAUCAACUAAAUAUCUAAAAAUGAAAUCUGAAAAUUCUAAAUAUGUCAUUUGGACUCAUAUUUUCACAUUCUAUGUACUUUCCACAAACAUAACAAAAAAUAGUUGGUAUGCAUGCAAAAACCGAAGGGACAAUUGCACAUUGAAAAUAUGUUUGCUAAAACAAAUUAAAUUGCUAAUGAAAUCACUUGGGGUUUAGUUUUUCCUUUUUAAAAACUCUGCGGAAACUGGAACGGAAGGAUUUGACUGCACCAUUUUGAAAUAUUUGCAUGCAUAAAAGCAAAUGCUAGCCCUGCAGAGUAACUUGUCUUAAUGUUUAUUUAACCCUCAAUGACACACUGACAUCAUAAAAAGCUGUUUGUACUUUUUUUUUCCUCUUUUAAAUUGGAUUUAGGUUACUUAUAACCUGAAACCAAUGAAGUUGUAUCUCUGUUUUGCAUUUUUUCCACCUGUCUUUUAUUUUGCUGGCCUAGCCAAUGUCUUACAAACUGAAACUAAAAUGUGUUUACUUUUCUUUCACAGAUGACACAAGUGUUAGUUCUGUGCAUUGACCUAAAAAUGUUCAUAUUGUAUGCCCAGAAAAUAUUCUUAAUGGCUAUACUUUUUUUAUGUGCAUAUUGCCAGGAUCCAGCAAGAGCCUUUGCGUUUGCUUGUAUUGUCAGACCAACUAGCUGUUCUCGCUUUUCAAGGAAAGCUGGAACCAAAUGCGGUUGUGAGAGACACUUUAACAUAUUCUGAUGUCUGCAUUCCUACAUAAAGAUCAUGUAGUAUUUUCUUCUUAUUGUGAUGACAAUUGUGUAUUCCAAAAUUUGCAUCUAUCUGACUAAUGUCAACAAAAGAGGCUUUUUGGAUAAAGUGAAGUUCCUACAAGUCACUAGUGAUGUUGUAUAAUGUUAUAUAGUUGUUACUUUUUAUUUUUCCAUACAUGUUGUUCCCUCUGCUUGCUAUGAACAGAGCAUACUCACUAGAACGCAGCCUGUUAGAAUUGAUGUUCUUCAAACAAUGAUCUCCAUAGGCUUUCCAGCUAUCCAACAUUUACGACUUCUUACAGUGUACACUAAUAAAGCUGUUUUACUUCAA